AUGAGCCACCCUGCUCGAGAUGAUCUGCUCAUGACGGAAUCUCUGUGUGACCUGCUACCCUGCCCAAGGCGACAAGCGAAUGUCUAUGAUGCCGCAGCUGGUCGUGUUUCUUCCUCUGGCUUCCGUCCUCGAAUACUUCUCAACCAGAACCUUGUGUCUUCUGUCUCAUCCGUUCCUGUUACACCGGAGGAAGUACUUUUCCGCCGUGUGAAUGCGCCAGUGAGAUACGCAGAGAAUGACAUCUACUUCGCCAAUGAGCGUCUCGCCCCUGACCAACGAUUACCGGAUUCCGAUAUCCUGAAAGCUAUUCACACUUACGCCUCCGAUUUCUAUGCAAAUGCGACUCUUGGUCAAGGGCAUGCAGAUUGGCGGAGUAUGGAUGAAACGGCACUGCUUGCAUUAGGGAUACUCCUUGAAGAAGCCGCCAAUGAAUCACUGGGCGAAACUGGUGAUAUGGUGUUUGUUGAAGGGGAGGAGAUAACUGAUCCUGAAGAACACUUUACUCAUUCUUCCUCCGCGAGCUGCGGUCGCAAGCGGAUUACUGCGGCAAGUCGUAGCGCAAUCAGCGGAGAAAAGUUCGCCAGGCCACGAAAAACUAGAACGAAAAGACACCGCAGAGUUGAUUUGGACCGCUCCACGGAACCCGAAUAG